CACGCAGCCUUGAUAGAACCGGCAUAGAGUAGAGAGCACCGCUGUCGCUGCUGCAAGCCUCCCCCACCCCCAACUCCUCCCCAUCCUCGGUAGCGGAGGAGCCUCGCACCCCUUACCCUUGCCACAAACCAACUCCCCCUUACCCCCGCUCCCGCAAUCAUUGGGUAUCACCCGCCAGCCCACAGCCUCAUCACCAACCAGACCCUGGCUAACUUUCCCUCCGUGGACAGGGAUAAGCAGAACAGGCCAGGCACAGAGACAUGGAAACGCAACUUUAGUUUAUAUUUUUAAAUUUAAAUUUUUUUGAAGGGGGGGGGUAGAAUGAGCUAAUGCCCAGGGGGCAUCUCCUUCUUUUACACGUGCCCACUCUGUGCCUCCCACUCGGGCCUCAGCACCAAGCAUCCCGGCUGGGUUUUGCUGCCCCAUUCCUCAGCUCAGAUGGAAGUUUGCAUUUCCAAAGGCCAAACCCUUCAAGCGUGCUGAAGCGCUGGGAACCAAAGUUGCUGUCUUAGACUCAGCCCCUGGCAAGCGGGGCUGUCAUUCUCGCUGGUGGAGAGGCGAGAGAGGCAGCCUGGGGAAAGGAAAAAUGCACGUUGAGCUUUGUUGUGGAAAUCCUGGUUACCUGGCAUAAAUCCUACAUCAUGGAUAAUUUGCUGGACCUGGCCUGAAAGGAGUCCACCAGUGCCACUGGAUUUAUUGACCCCUAGCCACUGGCUUUUCACAAUGAAUGGAAGGUCAUGCAGCAUGAAUCUCCACCGUACAUCAGGCACUCCACAGGGGCCAGGGAUGAUCAGUGGCCAGCACAUUCCCCCUGUCCGAGUUCCAUCAGGGACAUCAUGUCCAUCAUCCAAUGGCAGUACCCCUAGCCCUGCUGUUGGAAACCUCCAUCUCAAGCUGCCCUCAGGAGGAGGAGUAGCUCCUCAGAGCAACUCAACUGAUAGCCCCAUCCACCUUCCAGCACUGAGCCCCAGGAGACAAGUGGUUACCAAUGGGAAGCCUCUAUUCCAGGUCCCCCAGGGGCCAGGGAUGCCAACUCCACAUUCUUUGAAGCCCAAACAGCAGGACUUUGGAAACCCCUUUCCUACAAAUCCAGGGAAAGGGGGUCUUGGCUAUGGGCCUCAGUGCAAGUCCAUUGGAAAAGGCAGCUGCAACAAUCUAGUGGUCACCAGCAGUCCCAUGAUGGUUCAACGGCUGGGACCCAUAUCACCUCCUGCAAGCCAGGUCUCUACAGCAUGCAACCAGAUCAGUCCUAGCUUACAGAGGGCAAUGAAUGCAACCAACAUGAAUAUACCUCCUUCAGAUACCAGGUCCCUCAUGUCACGGGAGUCUUUGGCAUCCACGACUAUGAGUCUGUCAGAAAGUCAGUCAGCCUUGAGUGUGAAGCAAGAGUGGCCUCACGGCUACAGGGCUCUUCCUUCCCUUCCUUCCAACUCAGGCUCUCAGAAUGGCAGUGAUCUAGGAGACUUGCUUAGCAUCCCACCUGGAACACCUAUGUCCAACAAUAGUGUCUCCAAUUCAUUGCCAUCCUAUCUUUUUGGCAUGGAGAACAGCCACUCACCUUAUCCUAGCCCCAGACACUCUUCAACCAGGUCUCACUCAGCUCGUUCUAAGAAGAGAGCUCUUUCCCUGUCCCCUUUAUCUGAUGGCAUUGGCAUUGACUUCAACACGAUCAUCCGGACUUCUCCAACUUCCUUAGUUGCCUAUAUCAAUGGCUCCCGGACAUCACCUGCCAAUAUCUCCCCUCAACCAGAGGUCUAUGGACAUUUUCUAGGAGUGCGGGGUAGCUGUAUCCCACAGUCAUGUUCUAUCCCAAGCACUCAGAGAAGUCUUCUGGUGACUAGUAGCAGCCUCACCAUCCCUACUUACAAUGAGAAUGGGAUGGUAGAAUACCAGCGCAUGCAGCAGCUAGAGCAGAGCAGCUUACAGUCAGCAAUAAUGAACAACAUGGUGGUACAGCAGGGCCUGCCCGUUUCAGCCAGCCAGCCAGCUGGUUUAUUAAAAAGUGAACGCUUGGAUGAUUUCCCAGGUGGUGCCAUUGACCUUCCUCCUCCUCCCCUACCUCCUUCUUUGCCACCACCACCACCACCACCACCACCACAAGGACCCCCACCCCCUUACCAUGCCCAUCAGCACCUUCACCAGCCUGAGCUCAUUCACCAUCCCCACCCACUUCCUUUGCCCCCCUCUGUCCAAGGUCCUCAGCAAGAAGAGGAUGGAGAAUUAGAGGAUUUUAAUGGAAAACACUGCUGUCGCUGGAUUGACUGCAGUGCCAUGUAUGAUCAGCAAGAGGAGCUUGUACGGCACAUAGAGAAAGUUCACAUAGACCAGAGGAAAGGAGAGGACUUUACUUGCUUUUGGGCUGGCUGCCCUAGAAGAUACAAGCCAUUUAAUGCCCGAUACAAACUGUUGAUUCACAUGAGAGUUCAUUCAGGAGAGAAGCCGAACAAGUGUACGUUUGAGGGCUGCAAGAAGGCCUUUUCAAGGCUAGAAAAUCUCAAGAUUCACCUGAGGAGCCACACAGGAGAGAAACCAUACCUGUGCCAGCAUCCGGGAUGUCAGAAAGCCUUCAGUAACUCCAGUGACCGAGCCAAGCACCAGAGAACCCAUCUGGACACUAAACCUUAUGCAUGUCAAAUUCCAGGAUGUACCAAACGCUACACAGAUCCAAGUUCCCUAAGAAAGCACGUCAAGGCACAUUCUUCCAAAGACCAACAGGCAAGAAAAAAGUUGCGGUCAAGCAUGGAGCUCGAUCAAGAUAUCUUCAAUAAUUGCCUCACCAUUCAGCCUCUUCAACCUACCACUUCCCCACAAGAUAUUGCAGAUGGUGCCAUCAGAAGAUCUCCAGGAUCUGUCCAUGACAUCUAUUCAGCCACGAUUUUCUCCAGCACUCACUCAAGCCGGAGUGGAACAGCUGCUGGGGCUGGGCCUCCCCCACAUCCCGUCAGUCACCCUUCUCCGGGACAUAAUGUACAGGGGAGCCCCCACAACCCCUCCUCCCAGUUACCUCCUCUCUCGGCUAUGGACUCAGGAACUGAAAGGUUUGCCCCUUCUGCUCCAUCUCCCCACCACAUUAGCCCCCGGAGAAUGCCAGCCCCGACUUCAGUCAUGCAGAGACCACCACCUUCCCAUGUUCAGCAGUCAGCAGGAUCACACUUGAAGUCAUACCAGCCGGGAACAAGUUCUUCCUUUCAACCAAAUGGCUUCCACGUUCAUGGGUUCUACGGGCAGCUGCAGACAUUUUGUCCCCCCCAUUACAGUGAUCCUCAGAGAAACAUGUCCCAUGGCAACUCCUGCAACAUGAUGCCUUCCUUUGAAGACUGCCUUGUCCCUGCAUCCAUGGGCCAAGCAGGGUUUGAUGUAUUCCACAGAGCUUUUUCAGCUCAUUCGGGCAUUACAGUGUAUGAUCUGCCAUCAGGUCCCCCUGGCAUCUUUGGAGAGUCACUCAGAAAUGGCCCUGAAGAUGCCACCUUCCUGCAGAUCAGCGCCGUGGAUCGUUGCCCCAGCCAACUGUCUUCUGUCUAUACUGAAGGCUAAAAGCCACCCAGGCAUCUAAUGCUCAUCCCCAAGCCCACUGCUUCAAAUCCCCUUCCCUUAAUCCCAGGCAGGACCCCGAGUGUCUGGGUUUGCAAAGCCCAGGGAUACAGAAGGAUCCUUGCAGAAGAGGGCUGAGAGGUGUGAGUCCUCACCAAGUCUUAAGAAGGUCAGAAGCCAUGCCUCUUUCUCCUUUGGUUGGCUGAGUCACGUGACAGCCCAACUAUCUUUUCAAAGGGAAUUCAAAGACUGAAUGAGAAAGUGGCUGUUGUUGGGAGACUUUUCACAUGGAACCACUCAAAUCAUGAAAGGAAAAAAAAAUUCAUGCUUGGUUUGGAGACAAUCCUCUAUUCACAUAAGGACAUCAAGGCACAGUUCAAGCCUCUUAAGGCAGAGAGCUAUGCCAGGCACAUGGCUCUGUGGUGCUUCUACAGCUAAGCAAAGCCAAACAUAAAAGGGAAAAAAUUAUGAGCUUCUGACAGAUGCCCUUGGUGGCACCACUUCUCCGAGGCCUUCUAGGGAUGCCCCUGGCCCCCUGGGAUCUACAGCAAGCUUGGUUCACCUCUCCCAUUUUAUACCCACAAGCUUACCAGUAGAUUGCUUUUUGAUAUUUCUCUAAUUACAUUAUUUUAUGCAGUGAAUAAAAAAGAAUCUGCCAAGUACAGUGACUUGAAAGACAACUUACUUUUAUCAGCCAAUUCUUCCACUUGUAAGAAUUAGGGGCACCUUUUUGUCACUUAGAAGAAAAAAAAAACAAGCAAAAAACAACUACUACUACUUUCCUGUGGCCUGUUUCUGGCAUGGCCAAAUAAAUAAAAAAAUAAAGCACCCAUAGUUGUAUUUCCCCAUCGUUUAAAAUCCUGCCCACACAGACCCAGCAGCGCUUGGGAGUACUUUGAUCUUUCAGUCUUGUAGUUAACAGAAGAUGAGUGGCUGAUUUAUAUUACAUGUGCUCCUCCAGCACUGAAUGCAAAGUCUUAAAGCUGAUUUAAUUAAGUAAGCUAUGGGUCUCCCACUUCAAGGAGUUUGUGCCAAGAGAAGGGCUACAAUCCCAUUUUGGUUCUCUGGCUAGGUGAGACAUUGGCAGGCUUUUGGCUGGAUGAGGAAGAAUCUGGAGGAUGUGAGAGGAAGGCAUCUGUACAGGACGAAAUUAAUGGGGAACUUGGGUAAACAGUUACUCUGUAAAUAUCGUCCUCCCUCUUCUUCUAGCCUUUUACUGUUCUCCUUGCUCUUCCUUUCCCCCUUUCCUUCAUUUCCUCCCCAGAUAUCUCUCUUCCUGAUAUACAGCCACAGUUUAGCCACAGGCCCAUUCCACCCCCAACACCUAUUUACCAGCUUUGGAGAAACCUGGUAGGAAACCUGUCAAAAGUGAUAAUAGAGGAAGUUUGGGACAUGGAUUUCAGACUAGGAGAUAGAAAAGACCUGGGAAGCAUUUCUGAAAUGCUAGCUUGGAAGCCCAGAAUUUAAGGUGUGCCCUAUCUUGGUACAUAAAAACCAAGAGUAGGUAGAAAGCCACUAUUUCUGAUUUCUAUUUAAAAGCAAUAAGUUGUGGGGCAUAAGACUAUCAAAAUGUUCAAAAAUACACUAAAGGACAUUUUGAUGCCAUUAUAUUUAAAUAUUAAAGCUACUUUUCUUUUUUAAUUUAUAAUAGCAGAAAGGAAAUAAUCUCAUUAGCAAAACUAUUAAUAGAACAAUAAAGAAAUCUGGUAUUGUGCCUAAAAUCAUGGGCGAUUUAAAAUAUCACUGAGUGACUUGUGAGUUUCAAUAGAAAAUCCUUUCCUAUGGGAUUCUAAAAUUCAGCUCCCAAACUAAGUCUAAUGAUGAGUUGAGAGAAGAGCAUGUCUGCCAGAUUAUACGAGAGGUGUCAAAUACAUGGCCCACAGGCUCCAUAGCAGCAGUGCCCCCAAGUAGACCUGAACCAGAAUAAACUAUGAUUGGGAAAUAUUUAACAAAAUAAAUUAAAUUACAAUAUAAAAUAGAUGAUAUUAACAUGUGGCUUUUCUAAAUCCAUCUGUGCCCUGAAAGGAUUGUUAUGCAUGGUUUAAUGGCCUAUUUCAAUUUGAAUUUGAUACCACUGGUCUAUACUAUGGAACCAGAUAAAAAUAGGCUAAUUUCUCUGUACACAAAUGGGCCCUACUAUAAGAAAAAUCAGCAAAUAAAGAUUCAAACUUAUAAGCACUUAAUUGGGAAGCAAUUAUUUUCUUUUAAAGUUACUCUAGUAUAUUUAAAAUAUAAUUUUUAAAAAUUGAAAUGCUUUGCACAUUUUCAGGAGUCUAUAAAUCAAUUAUAUCAGCAACCAUUUAUUAAGCACCCACUAGGUUCCAGGAACUAUUUUAGAGGCUGAGAAUACAAAGACAAAAAUGAAAUGUUAAAUGACCUCAAGAAACAUAUUCUUUUAAAGGGGAGACAAUAUAUACAAACCAAUUUUGUACACUUGUAUGGUAAAAUCUCUUUAGACUAAAUCAUACUGGUAUUUGAUACUUUGUCAAACAAGCUAAAAAAAGAAAACUGCUUUAGACUCUUCAGAGAUAAUCAAUUAAUUCUGAACUCUAAAGCAUUUAUGACUUACUCAAAGUACAUACAAUUUAUUCAUAUAGAGAAAAGAGGAAAAGAGGUGUGUUGGGUGAAAUAGUUCAUAGAUUGAUGAUGUUAGCAAUUAAUCUCACUGUCAUAGCAUAUGACUAUGAUAUUAAUCCUAACAUGGAAAGGUGCCUAGGGUGAAACAGAAAAAUCCAAGGAUGACUAUCAACAAUCUAUUCUAAAUGUUGGCAUCCCAUACUCAGUUAACAGUCUGCCUUCCUAUGAAGACAUACUUGGUUCUCUGACCAUUAGUGUUAUUUCUAGCUCUUCUUAGGCACUGGCACCCCAUCACUGGCACUCAAAUGGAGUGAAAGUGCAGAGAGACUCUGGAGGCAAUGGUGGCUUAUACCAUUGCCCACCUCUCCAGACCCCCACAACAUUUAUGAAAUGAAAGCCACCAUAUAGUACUGUAGCAGGGGCCACAGGCAAUGAAAUCAGGGAUUCAUACUAGGUGACUUGGUGCUUAGAAUGAUAUACCUAGAGUCAGUAAGACAUGAGUUCAAAUCUGGGUUCAGACAUUUUCUAGCUGUGUGACACUGGGCAAAACUUUUAAGCUCUGCCUCAGCUUCUUAAUGUAUAAAAUGGAGGUAAAAAUAGUGACUUCCCUGCUAGGGUUGUUGUAAAGAGAAAAUGAGAUAUUUUUUGCAGCACUUUACAAAGCUUGAAGUGCUUUAUAAUGCUAUUACUAUUAUUAUAUUAAUGGAAACUUUCUUUUUGCUUUUUAUUUUUUUGAGGAAAUGGGGAUUAAGUGACUUGCCCAGGGUCACACAGCUAGUAAGUUUAAAGUGUCUGAAACAAGAUUUGAACUCAGGUCCCUCCUGAAACCAGGGCCAGUGCUUUAUCCACUGUUCCACCUAGCUGCCCUAAUUAAUAGAAUCUUAAAAGACCAUGUUUGGGAAAAGAUUCUGGAGAGCAUCUAUCUGGUUUGAUUUCAUUUGUAGAUGAGCACAUUGAUACCCAGAGACAUAAAAUGACUUGUCUGUGGUCACACAGGUAAUUAGUGGCAAAGUUAAGAUUGAACCAAGAUCUUCUAAUUCCUAAGCCAGUGGUAUUUCUGCUAUCCCAUAGAUGACAAGCCCAACCCAUAAAGCCUCAUUCUUUUCCUUUCCCUGCUCUUGCUUCAUCCCAACAAUAUAUCAUUGGAUAAAUGGGAAAAGUGAGAGAUUGGCUGACAGUGUAAAAAUUUCACCCCUACACAACUCUCCAUGUCAUCCCAUCACAGGGAUCCAAGUUGCAGCCCCAUUUUAGAUGUACCUAAGUACCUGCAGGAAGUAUGUGCUUUCAUUAUUAUUCUGACACUAUUGUAAGCCUCCUUCAGGAAAUUGUCCCUAAUCCAUUUUUAACUUAUUAUGUAACUUAUAUGGAAUAUCUGAAUGGGGAUUGUGUAUCCCUUGUUUUUUCUUUUCUAUCUCUCUUUUUUAAAAGAGGUGCUUGUGAAAACACACACAUACACACAGUUCAAUGCCAGUUAUCUGAUGGUAUUAAAGUAACACAUCUAAAGACAUUUUGUUUGCUGCGUUAUUAUAAUUCUCAAAAGUGAUUACAUCUAAAAGGCUGUUACAGUUUAGAUCCAGAUGCAUUGUGAUCUAAAUCCUCACCAGCCCUUUAUUUAUCUCCCUUUGCCUUCUUUGCCAAGCAUCACAGAGGUAACCAUAAUUAUAAAAAAGGAUCCCUCUACUGGAGUAUAGUGGUGAUCCCACUUGUUGGGUUAGGGGAUGGCUAAUUAUGAGAAAAUCAUAAAAAGCUUUGUCAUAAGACCAGUUUCUCAGGGGGGGAACAUCUUGUCCUCAUUUGCCUGAGACCAUCAUUCUAUCUUGAUUGCCUUGAAGGUUUGGAAAUAAUGACUUUGUGUAUCAUUUGGGAUUUUUAUCUCAGUCUUUCAACCAUGUCAUCUUGUUGCAGCAUUUUUUAAAUGGCACUUUGGUUAUUGGUACGGAACUUGUGUGGAUAUUUUUUUUCUAUGAACAGCAAUAGCAGAGACACACACAUUGGAAAAUAAUAGUAUGUGCAAAAAAAAAAAGAAAAGAUUUAUUUUGUACAGACAGCAAAGCAUCCUGUGUAAUGUUGCUUACACAAAGCACUUUGGAAGAAAAGAAGUGGAAAUCUGUUUUCCAUAACUCAUACAGACUCUUGUACAUAGUUAUAUAUGCUUACAUAUAGAUAUGAACUACAUAUAUCAUACUGUAUAGCAGGCUGAUUCUACUCUAGUGCCACAUCUGGUGCCUAUUGUCAUAAAUCUUUUAAAGAAUUAGGUACUUUUUCUAUUAAUAUGUAUAGUUUUGUGAUUUGUCACAGUUAUGUUUCAUAUAAUCAUAAGUUAUUUUGUCUUGUUCCAUGAAGUCCUUUUUUAUGUCAAAGGUAAAAUGAAGGGUUUGUGCACUUGGUACAAAAUAAAACUGGAAAUGUAUAACAACCCCAGCAUGGUGGAAAUUGUCCUUUGGGGUGUUCUUGCAAGCACAACUGGCCUAGCUAUUGUUUUGUUUUGGGUUUUCUGUUUGUUUGUUUGUCAUUAGGCUCCAUCAUAUUAGAGUUGGCUCAUAUAAUUAGAAGCAGAUAAGUGGGGGAAGAGGAGGAGCAUCACCACGGGCAGUUUUUAAAUGCCAUGUUGCUUUAGGCCAAGGUCGAAUUCUGGAUUCAAUUAUAGAUACGAGAGGAAGAAAUGAUAGUAAAA